AUGUCGGGCCGAAAAGAGACUGUUCUGGAUUUGGCAAAGUUCGUCGACAAGGGUGUGCAAGUCAAGCUGACCGGUGGAAGACAAGUUACUGGUACACUGAAAGGAUAUGACCAAUUGCUGAAUCUAGUUCUGGAUGAAGCCAUUGAAUUUCUUAGAGAUCCAGAAGACCCCCUGAAGACUACUGAUCAGACUCGUCGCCUUGGCUUAAUAGUUUGUCGAGGAACGGCUGUGAUGCUUGUUUCCCCAACUGAUGGGACAGAAGAAAUUGCUAAUCCAUUCCUUCAGUCUGAUGGGGCAUAA